UCAUCGUAAGUGCAGCUAUCACACAGUCGGCGCGCAAGCUCAUCGUUGAUAGCGUACACACCACAGUCGAAGAAUAAGGUGACCCUCACUGUUUAAAGAAAAAAAGUAGAGACAAAACAUUUGAAACAAAAAGCUGGUCAAACAACAUCAACUGAUCUAAAAUCAAGAUGAAUAAAUUCCUGAUCUGUUUAACACUUUGUCAUGCUUUUUCUGCUGUGUCAAAUGCAGCUCGGGUCGACGACCAGUCGUAUGCCAACUUUCUUCAAAUAUACAGCGGGACUUUCGACGGAGGAGAAAUCACAUUCCUCAAUGGGACAAGAUAUGCGCCACUCGGAGCACUAACAAAAAACCCAAUUAUAAAUACAAAAAUAGGCGAUGCCUCGGCACAAAAAUUUUUCACCCGCAAAUCUUACUAUGACAUCAUUCAAUUUUAUGUUGAGGCAACGAAAGUAGUAAAUGGAACAAUUGUGCUAAAAACGUACACAAUUAUGAUAAACCGAACUACUGGAGUUUUACCAGAAAAUUGGACUGCCGACAUUGCUACGUAUGCUGGAUGUGAUUCUGUAAUAAGUCGUUUGGGUAACGCUAAUGAUCAAUUCACAAGCUUUGUAGAUUGGUGCGGCAAUCAGCAAGUUCCUAGAGCGACGAUAAUUGUGAACUGCACUGGACAGUUUUGGUCAUUGGAAGAUGGAUCGUUCUAUAAGACGUUAAAGCAAGAACAUGUGACUGGCUGGCCAUCGAGCUUCAACAAUGUUCUAAAACCGCAAAAGCCUUGUGGUUACUGAUUGAUGUAUUGAACAUCAGUCUAUCAUGGUAGCUGCCACAACUUACACAAGUUCAUAGAAACUGAAAACAUGUUUUACAUUCUCAAGAGUAUAUUUUUUUUUUCAAAUGAUUCGACGUACGGUUUUCGGCAGAAAUUUAACUAGAAAAAAUAAAACUUUGAAAACACCUAACAGUGUAAGUAAAAAUAAAGAAAUGUGUGUUUGUCUUGUUCUAUGAUAAAUAAAUUAUUUUAAAAAUA